AGUAUUAUGUUAACGGUGUGAAAAAAACUAGUCUGCCCCCCUAGAGAUUUUUUUAGUCUUUUUUUGUUUCUUGGUUAAAAAUUUAAUCAAGCCAGGUCGUCGAGCACCUGUCAAAAUUUGAAAAUGUAUGCACAGUCCGCAGCAAACCUCCGUGCCUCUUCCUUUGCCGAGGACCAGUCUCAUAUUAACUAGUUCUACUUACAAGGCUUUUGACUAUGGCUGAGUAUGAGUAGUGCCAGGUGCUUGUAGCUUAACUCUUGCAUAGUUGCAUGCAUAGGGGCUCAUUCAGUUAUCCAUCCUGUUGCAUGGAAACAAACUGUGGUUUGAUAUUUAACUUAAGAAAGGACUUUAAUAACCAAAUUAGGAGAUUCUAUAGCUAUGUUAUUUUAUGUGGAGCUUUUUCCUUUCUGUUACUUUUCAACUAAAUCUAAUAGCAUUUGCUUACUUCUAAUUUUCAAGGGAGAUGAAGCAUCAUUGCAAAAAGCGCUGCAUUUGGUGUACAACCUCAAUCAGGACUGUGUAGAUGUUCUGUUUUAUGCUUCUUGGUGCCAGUUCUCGAGGAACUUCAGACCAAGCUAUUCAACCCUGUCUUCCUUAUAUCCAUCUAUUCCUCAUUUUGCAAUAGAAGAAUCAGCCAUCAGACCAAGGUGUAAACUUGGUGAAUGUCGUAUCCUCUUAUGUGAGCCAGGUUCCAAGCACAGGUUGCAGAAAUUGCAGUUGAAUUUUCCUAGGACCGUAGCUACCAUGGAUGAUCAUCGUGAUAAUGAAAUACAGGGAAUUGAUGGAGCUAGUCAUCCUACGGGGGAAUCACAAGGUACCAACACUAGUAAAAAGACCAAAUUCCGUGGUCCGUCAAAAGGAGUUCAAGCCAAAAAGCCUAUGCAUCUUCAGUAUAAUCAAUAUGGAAUCCCCGAUGGAGAAUGGUCAGGAGAAUACGGGAAGCAAGUUGGGUCUUGUGCUGCUAGAAUUAACAUUAAUGUGAAAGAAUAUUCAACGUUAGAUGAACACACAAAGAAGGGGUUUUGGGAGGAGACCAAGCUUCUGUUCCACAUUAUUGAUGAUCCGGCUAAAAGGAGAGAAAAAUAUUUUCAUAUGUGUGUGGCGAAACGCUUUGGAGCUUUCAAGUCCAGGUUAACGCGGCGUUGGAUAACUAAGAAAGAAAAAAUGCCGAAACAUCAGACAAAUGACAUGCCUUGGGACAUCUACCAUCAAAUCACAGAGGAUGAUUGGAAAACAUUUGUGAUAGAACGAAACAAGCCGGAGAUGUUGGUUCGUAGAGAAAAAGCAAGUAAAAGUGCAUUACAAAACAAGCACCCACAUCGCACAGGCCAAAAGGGUUAUGUUAGAAAGAGACCAGAGUGGAUAAAUGAUGGGCGACUACCGCCAGAGGCAGCUUUAACCCUCUCAAGUGGCUCCUCCUCAGUGACCUCAUCACUCACCACAGCGCCAGAUAGAUUUAAGAAGUUUAGAUCAGUAGAGUGGAUCUUGGCUCAUCAAGUUAAAAACAAAGAGGGAAAGUGGGAAGUUGACCCGAAUGAUAAAGAAGCCGUAAAUAUUGCUAAGAUGGCUUUGGAGUACAUAGAAGAAGAGGGAAAAGGAAAUAUUUCAUUCACCCAGGGAGAAGAUGCCCUCACCAAGGCUAUGGGAAAAAAGGAUCACCGUGGGCGUGUCAAGGCAACAGGUGGAGUUAAUGUCGGUUACAAAGUUGCUUUCGGUCCAAUAGACCGAAGUAGUAGAUGUGGCCAUAUUGAACCAUCACCGGAGGCUAUCGAAUCAAUCAGAGCUUCGGUGAGAAGGGAGUUUGAAGAUCAAUUAGAGAGAAAGGUGGCGGAGGCCCUCCAAAACCAACUAGCCACAUUGAAAGCAACCGGUCAACUACACACCCUCUCUACCCCCGCACUUGAUUCUGCUCUUGUAAGUGAUGAGUUUGAUGUUAACCGUGCACUCGUAACCUGUUGUCCGAGUUCAUCGCAGCAACCACGCGAGCUGAAGGCCAUAACUCCAUGUCGUCUUGCCCUUGAGGAUAAAGUUUUGGGUAACAAAGUGAUAGUGGCAGAUGGUAUGGCGUACCCAUUGGAUGGUUCGUUGCACCAACACUUUAGAUCGAUGAAGCCUAGUCAUUAUAAGGUCCAAGUUGAUUGUAUUUACGACGGACAUGAUGAUGACACUCUUCCGGUACCUACUGGAGAUGGAUUCAAUAACUUAGGCAGGGCUCUUGCUAGUUUUGUGCAAUGGCCAAUUCACUUGGUGAUUUUCGAAGAAGACGAGGAGUACUCUACUCCACGCCCAACAAAGAAGUCCAGGAGUCAGAUUUUUGAAGAGGUGGUUGGUAGCUCCAAAGGGAAGAAAAACGAAUUAAUUGUCAAAGAGAAGACAACAGAAUUAGUUGUCAAAGAUAAGACAACAGAAUUAAUUGUCAAAGAGAAGGCAACACUUGAUUUAGGGUCCAAAGAGAAGACAACACUGAAGUUAACGGCCAAGGGAAAUUCAUGCUCAAAUAAGUUGGAGUCGAAAUCGAAGUCGAAGAACUCUAAGACGGCCAAAGAGAUGGUAGGUAGUUGUGAUCGUAAAACUGAAGAAUCAGCCGCCAAAAGUAAGAAGCAAAAUUUGGCAGACGACACAAUUCAAGGUCUUGGCCCAUCAUGCAAUUAUUUGAAGUUUAUCAUCAAUACGGCGCCCGGUGAUGUAUAUAAAAAUACUUCAAUCCCAUUGCCCGCUUCGGUUUGGCAUUAUGACGAAGAUCGACAAACUUAUGUAAAUGAGGUUGACGUUGAAGAGUUCCUUAGAGGGGCGUGCCUCAACAUUUCAGUGAUCCAAGUGUAUAUGAUGUAA